AUUUUGUAAACGAGACACAAUAAAAAUGUACAAGUCAAUGACUUAAUUACUAGACAUAGUACGGUAUAUAGAUGUAUAACUAACAAUCAAAGGCUGAAAGGGGAAUUAUGACCAGCUACAAAGUUGACGGGAUGGGAGGUGGAAGCUUUAGUACUAUUUCUAAAAAUAGAAUCAAGUUAGCAGUGGGAAUAGUCGCCGUCAUUAUUUUGGCAUUGGUAAUAACUAUUAUUGUUCUGGCGGCUAGUGAUUCAAAUUCAGACUCCGUGAGUCCUGAUCGAGGAUCAUCUGCCGGGUUACAUACACCUGACUGUGUUACACAUCCCGGAUCGGCCACGCCCAAUUUGGAAAUAGCAAACUGUGUUCUUGAUAGUUAUCCUUUGAUAGAUGGACACAACGAUUUGGCCUGGCAGUUUUAUAAAAAUGAAAACAACUCGGUUUACAACAUCGACCUGAAGCACAAUUUACUGGAAGUAUGGAAAGGAAAAGUCACACACACAGACAUUCCAAGAAUAAGAAAAGGAAAACUCUCUGCACAGUUUUGGGCAUGCUACGUGGACUGUUCGUCUCAGUAUAAAGAUGCUGUAAGCAAGUCACUGGCGCAGUUAGAUACCAUUAAGAAGUUUGUCAAUAGAUACCCAGACACAUUUACAUUCGUAACCUCUGCUCAAGGUAUACUUGAUGCCUUCAGCAAGGGAAAGGUAUCCAGUUUGGUUGGGCUAGAGGGAGGUCACUCAAUUGACAGUAGCCUUAGUAACCUUCGCAUGUUUUAUGAUCUUGGUGUCCGCUACAUGACAGUUACUCAUAGCUGUAAUACGCCAUGGGCUGACAACUGGAAAGUGGAUGAAGAUGGUAAUCCUGAAUUUAAUGGUUUGACAGAGUUUGGAAAGAUAAUAAUUAAAGAAAUGAACAGACUAGGAAUGUUGAUAGAUUUGUCCCAUGUGUCACGUGAUACUAUGAUUGACGCCUUAGAAGUCACAACUGCGCCUGUAAUAUACAGUCACAGUUCAGCUUUUGUCAUCUGUAACCAUUAUAGAAAUGUGCAGGAUGAUGUUCUUCAAAAAACGAAACAAAACGGAGGCGUGGUAAUGGUAAAUUUCUACGAUAAAUACAUUAACUGUCCGCCUAACAACAAAUCUGUGGCAACACUAAGUCAGGUUGCAGAUCACAUAGAUUAUAUAAAAAAUUUGAUCGGUGUGGAUUAUGUAGGAAUUGGAGCUGAUUAUGAUGGUGUUCCAACAGUACCUGUAGGACUACAAGAUGUUUCCACUUAUCCAGAUCUUUUUGCUGAACUUGUCAAACGAGGAUGGUCUCAACCGGAUCUCAGGAAGCUUGCAGGAGAAAACCUUAUAAGAGUAUUCACAAAAACUGAACAGGUUCGUGACAAUUUAUCCUAUAUGCCGCCAUACGAAGACUUAUUACCAGCCGUAGAAGCUAGAAACACAAGUUGCUGGUCGUAAUGAUGUGUGUUGAAUAUUUUUUUAUGCAUUUGUGUGAUUUUUAUAGAACCAUAAUUGUAAUUAUACAUUUUUAAAUUUA